UUCCUCUUCUGCGGGUUGCUUUCGGAGGAGGAGGAGACUCCUUGGCAAGAAAUAGGAAAAGAAAGCCGGCCUUUCCUUUCCUUUUGCUUGCUUAGGACCACCGAGCGGGGCGGGAGGGGGGCGCGCCGAGGGGGAAGGAAGGAAGGAACCAGGCGAUCCCAGCUUCUUAGGACGCCAUGUCGGACGGCGAGAAGCUCAAUUUAGAUUCCAUCAUCGGGCGCCUGCUGGAAGUGCAAGGAUCACGUCCAGGCAAGAACGUUCAGCUCACAGAAAAUGAGAUUCGGGGCCUAUGCCUGAAAUCACGAGAGAUCUUCCUGAGCCAGCCCAUCUUGCUGGAACUAGAAGCCCCGCUCAAAAUUUGUGGUGAUAUCCAUGGGCAAUACUAUGACUUGCUCCGGCUUUUUGAAUAUGGGGGGUUCCCCCCAGAGAGCAAUUACCUCUUUCUGGGUGACUAUGUGGACCGGGGGAAGCAGUCAUUAGAGACAAUCUGUCUGCUGUUGGCCUACAAAAUUAAAUACCCUGAGAACUUCUUCCUUUUGCGUGGCAAUCAUGAGUGCGCGAGCAUCAACCGUAUCUAUGGCUUCUAUGAUGAAUGUAAACGGCGGUAUAACAUAAAAUUAUGGAAGACCUUCACUGAUUGCUUCAACUGCCUACCUAUUGCUGCCAUCGUUGAUGAGAAAAUCUUCUGUUGUCAUGGAGGACUCUCUCCUGACCUCCAAUCUAUGGAACAAAUUCGGCGGAUCAUGAGGCCCACAGAUGUGCCUGACCAGGGUCUGCUUUGUGACUUACUCUGGUCGGACCCUGACAAGGAUGUGCAGGGCUGGGGUGAAAAUGACCGUGGGGUCUCCUUUACGUUUGGUUCAGAAGUGGUCGCCAAAUUUCUUCACAAGCAUGACCUUGACUUGAUCUGCAGAGCGCAUCAGGUGGUAGAAGAUGGAUAUGAAUUUUUUGCCAAGCGGCAGCUGGUGACCCUCUUUUCUGCUCCGAACUACUGUGGCGAGUUUGACAAUGCAGGCGCAAUGAUGAGCGUUGAUGAGACCCUCAUGUGCUCCUUCCAGAUCUUGAAACCGGCAGACAAGAACAAGGGCAAAUAUGGUCAGUUCAGUGGCUUAAAUCCUGGUGGACGCCCAGUCACUCCACCACGCAACUCAGCCAAAGCCAAGAAGUAACGUGUGUCCUGCCUGCCCUCCGUCAGCAGACAAGGGGGCUGGGCUGUCUUGCAUAGCGGUUACACUGUACAGCGGCUGCUUACCUAGGAUGCUAGGAUCCAGCCAUUUUUUUUAAAGAAAAAAAAUAUCUGAAUGAGAUUGAGUACCAAAAAAAAAAAAAGAAAAAAGAUCUCAUUCUCUAGGAAGGGAAUGUCAUUAUUUUUGGGGGUAUUUUUGAUCGACUUUUUUGCCAACUCUGUCCUGAUGUGUGCACCUCUUUCUCCCAUGGGGUUACCACAUCAUUUUUUGAAUAAACAUGUAAUAUUCUUAAU